UCCUCUCCUGCUGCAGGCGGCUGAAAGCAUGCAGUGGGGGGCUGCUGCGCUGCUGCUGAACCGGCGGGCGCACGGCAGCCAGAGUGAGUCCCCCGCGUAAAGAGUGCACCAGUGCAUGUGGAGCGUUUGUGCAGCGCGGAGGCUCGAGGAGGAGACGCUCUGCGCGCCUCUUCCAGCAUCCAGCGAGGACCUGAGAGGAGCUCAGCAGCACCGUUCCCCCCUUUUUCUCCCCUCCUCCCCCCCUUUUCUGUCCUCCCCUCUCCCUCCAUAACCCCUGGAUGGGCUCUGCUCGCCUCUCGUAGCUGCAGAAAGCGUCGUUUUUGCGCAAUGGCAUCGCACGGCUUCUGGUCUCUGGGCGCGCAGAGCGCAGGAGGAGACAACAGCAGCCCGAGCACGCCCCGGGCAUGGUGCCAAGCGGCGGCCCAAAAAUUCACAGGAGGCAUCGGGUCGAAAUUAUGUGCGCUGCUGAAUGUGGGGGAGAUGGAGAAAGCUGCAGACCCCUCCGCCGCGGCAGACCCCAAACAGGGAGCGUCUUUGGCGGAGAGCUGCAGCUGCAGCGACAAACCCUGCAGCUGCUCCAGAGCCACGGUGGGCUUCUCCCACCUCUACUCAACAGACCUCCUGCCCGCGCUGGACGGCGACCUGAAGACGCUGAACUUCCUCCAGGAGGUGGUGGACAUCCUGCUGGCCUACAUCGUGGAGUCCUUCGAUCGCUCCACGAAGGUGAUCGACUUUCACUACCCGAACGAGCUGCUCCAGAGGAACAACUGGGAGCUCUCAGACGAGCCGGAGACGCUGGACGACAUCCUCAUCAGCUGCAGGGCCACCUUAAAAUACGCCAUCAAGACCGCCCACCCCAGGUACUUCAAUCAGCUCUCCACUGGAUUAGACAUGGUUGGCCUGGCUGCAGAUUGGCUGACGUCGACUGCCAAUACCAAUAUGUUCACCUAUGAGGUGGCUCCAGUGUUUGUCCUGCUGGAAUAUGUCACACUGAAGAAGAUGAGGGAGAUCAUUGGCUGGGAAAAUGGCCGCGGGGAUGGGAUUUUCUCACCAGGUGGCGCCAUUUCCAACAUGUACGCAAUGUUGCUGGCUCGCUACAAGAUGUUCCCUGAAGUGAAAGAGAAAGGGAUGUCAUCAGUGCCGAAGCUGGUGGCCUUCACCUCUGAGCAUAGCCAUUUUUCAAUCAAGAAAGGAGCAGCGGCCCUUGGAAUAGGUACAGAGAGCGUCAUCUGUAUCAAAGCGGAUGAGAGGGGUAAGAUGAUCCCUUCUGACCUCGAGAGGAGGAUAGUGGAAGCCAAGCAGAAGGGUUAUGUGCCGUUCUUUGUGAGUGCGACUGCUGGUACUACAGUGUACGGAGCCUUUGACCCCUUGAUCGCCAUCUCUGACAUCUGUAAGAAGUAUGACGUCUGGAUGCACGUGGACGGAGCCUGGGGUGGGAGCCUGCUCAUGUCCAGGAAACACAGGUGGAAACUCAAUGGAGUCGAGAGGGCGAACUCCAUGACCUGGAACCCUCACAAGAUGAUGGCUGUGCCCCUCCAGUGUUCUGCAUUGCUGGUCAGAGAGGAGGGUUUGAUGCAAAGCUGCAACCAGAUGCAUGCUUGCUACCUGUUCCAGCAAGACAAGCACUAUGACCUGUCCUACGACACAGGAGACAAGGCCCUGCAGUGCGGGCGCCAUGUGGACAUCUUCAAGCUGUGGCUCAUGUGGAGAGCCAAGGGCACCAUUGGGUUUGAAGCUCAAAUUGAUAAGUGUCUGGAGCUGUCAGAAUAUCUCUACAACAAGAUCAAGGACAGGGAAGGGUAUGAGAUGGUGUUUGAUGGAAAGCCGCAGCACACCAACGUGUGUUUCUGGUACCUUCCGCCGGGCCUGCGCUACGUGGAGGACAAAGUGGAGAAGAUGAAACGUCUGCACAAGGUGGCUCCUACGAUCAAAGCCAGGAUGAUGGAGUACGGGACGACCAUGGUGAGUUACCAGCCGCAGGGAGACAAGGUCAACUUUUUCCGCAUGGUCAUCUCCAACCCGGCCGCCACCUUCGAGGACAUCGACUUCCUCAUUGAAGAAAUCGAGCGUCUCGGACAGGACCUGUAAGACUCGCAGCAGCACACUCUCGUUCACAUGUCCCUAGACGGAUGAAAUGUUUGUUGUGAAUGUACGGUAAUUUCGUUCUUUCUAUUUUUUUUUUCCUCUCUUUCAAAAUCUAAUAUAGAUGAAUAUGUCGAAAAAGAAGACUAUGUGAAUAUAACCCAUAUUUAAGUAUUGUAGCAAUGUCGUGGACGUCUUGGUCCAAGAGCCCUGUAAAAGUGUUCAUGUCCGCUCCUGUCUACGUAAGCAUAGCUGAUAUAACUACAUGUGUUUUGGUGCGAGUGUGAUGAAUUAUUUGCUCCUGUCCUGCGCAAUAGGUCAUAUAUAACUUUAUAUGGAAUCUAUUUGACCUGACAUUCUAAGUGCCAGUCACCACAAUAUAGAUAUAAGAAGGUUUUAUUGAUAUAGAUAUAUAAUAGAGAGAGCACUUUAGCUUACCUCAACUCUUGCCUUUACAAUCACAGGCAGCAUUUGAGUGCUUUCACGUUUUUUAUGGAAAUACACGGGGUACGCGGUUUUCUUUUAGCACUGUAGUGUUGUAUGUCUGCUGAUUCAAAGUCUGCAUGCUGGUUUUCUUGUGAGUGAACGUUUUGUCUAGAGACAGCGGCGUUAUAUCCAGAGUUUCUAGGAGCUCUUUUCAGAGUGGACAGCAGAAGUGCUGCAUCUAGAGCUGAUAGCAAGUCUUUAUUCAGAGCCAAAAAAGCAAAGAAGCUGUAUCUCGAGCAGACAGUGUCUGUUUCCAGACAGCAGAAAGCAGACUGUUUUUAUCUACAGCGGUGAGUUGGAGGAUUUUAUCUACAGCAAAAAGAUGUUAGCAGGUUCUGAUGAAGGCCUCAGGGCCCGAAACGCUAACAAAGAUAAAUCUUUGCGGAAGGUUUGAGUAUGUGAGGCUUAACAUCUAAAUUCUGCAGUACAGUGAAAAAAGUGAUGCAUUGAAUAUAUUUCGUUUAAAGUGGAAUUCCACAAGAUUUAAAAAAUUUCAGCAUAAUUUAAUUGUGAACAAAGUCAUUCAGCAUGGUUUAAUGUGAAGUACUCCAUUCUAGAGUCAGAACUGUUCACAGUGGUGGUGAUAGGAACCAGGCGUCUGAAGUGUUUAAUGCCUCUAAAAGCUCCCUCACAGAAAGUUACUACAUGAAAUGGAUAUGAAUGCACUGCCUGUUCCCUGACACGUUCUUUUACGAUAGUUAAUCUAAAACGCAUUUUUAAAAGCCAUUCAUGCCGAAUGGAUACAUACAGGCAAACUAGUCCUAAAAGAAAGUAUAGGGCCUCAUUCACCAACCCUUCUUAAGAAGAAAUUUCCUCUUAAAACCCACUUUCACGAAGAUUCUGAU